UGUCAGUCAAUGCCAAACAGCCAAACCGAACAAAGAUCGGAGAUAUCAAGAAAAUUUAUAUUUUUCUUUUCGGGAAGCCAGUGCAAUUCUGUAAAUAUUAUUAUAUUAAUUCUGCGGAGCAUGCUCAAAGUACUAUUUGUGAUAUUCUUUGGUGCGAUGUAUGGACUUAGUCAUGUUAAUUAGUGAUUACUGCAGUGGACUCAGCGGCGCGAAAUCGUUCAAUAUGGCCGCCGGAACUGGAACCGUUUCUCAGAUUUGUUUACUGCGGGUCCGGCAGUGUUAUUUUUGUUAGUAGGCAAAGAGUGAUAGUGUAUCAUAAGUGAAUUAGCUAUUUUUUUAGAGCAGAUUCGAUUAUUUAUAUGAUCUCCUGUAAAAUAUUAGUUUUUAAGAAGUGCAUUGAAUUAAAAUAAGUGCAUUAGUGAUAAUAUUCUUUUCUAUUUAUAUGGGCCGGUCGAGUCCCUGUGUGUGUUUAGUGAAUAAAAGUAUUUAGUUGUGAGUGCUUGCCGUCCCUCGCAAUGUCUCAGCAUGAGCGGUCGGAGCCGCGAUGAGCGCGCCACGGCCGCGCCUGCAGCUGUCGCCGCUGCCGUGCCGCCACUCAUGGGGGUGGAGCGCGUGGUGGGCGUGGUGCCGGGCGGCGGGGGCGGCGCGGAGGCGCUCAACGGCGCCGCCGCGCCGCCCGUGCGCGCGCCCGACGAGCCGCCGCGCAAGCGCACCAAGCUCGAUGAAGCGCCCUCGCUGCGCAAGCGCGUGCUCGAGUACAAGCUGCUGCGGCUCAAGACGCUGCGUGACCGGUACACGGAGCAGCUCAGCGAGCUGUACUUCCUGCAAGCCGGCGGCAACAUGAUGGACUACGCGGCGUGGCGCAAGCGGCCGCCCGCGCCGCAGCUGGCGGCGUUCCUGGAAGCGCGCCGGCCGCCGCCCGUGCCGCCGCCCGACCCGCCCGCGCCCGACCCGCCGCCGCCCACCGAGAUGGUGGAGAAGGCACGACAGGAAGCGUACGUGGCCGCGCGCGUGGCCGAGCUGGCUCGCGCCGGGCUUUGGGCGGAGCGGCGGCUGCCGCGCGUGUGCGAGCCGCCGCGGCCCAAGACGCACUGGGACUACCUGCUCGAGGAGAUGGCCUGGCUCGCGCAGGACUUCGCGCACGAGCGCAAGUGGAAGAAGCAGGCCGCCAAGAAGUGUGCCCGAGCCGUACAGAAAUAUUUCCAAGACAAAGCGGCCGCGGCGCAGAAGGCGGAGAAGGCGCAGGAGCUGCAGCUCAAGAGGAUCGCCGCCUUCGCGGCCAAGGAGAUCAGGACCUUCUGGCUCAAUGUGGAGAAGUUAGUAGAGUGGAAGCGGUCGCGGCGCGUGGAGCGCGCGCGCAAGGAGGCGCUGGACGAGCAGCUGUCCAUCAUCGUGGACCGCACGGAGCAGUACUCCCGGCAGCUGGCCGCCAGCCUGCAGCCGCAGCCCGACACGCCGCCCUCCGACGACGAGUUCACACCCCGGGGACCGGACUCCGACGACGAGGAGACCAUCGCGCAGGCCGAGCAGGAGGCGCAGCAUGACGCGUCGCACCACCGCGACGAGAUCGAGGCGCUGCGGCGCGAGUCGAGGCUUGCGCUGCCCGACCUCCUCCCCCCCGGCUACACCCCCGCCGCGCCCUCCCCCCCGCCCUCCCCUGGCUCCUCCGACUACAGCGGCGACGCCGACUCCGCCGACGACGAGAACACCAUCGCCGAGCAGGAGCGUCGCGAGCGCACCGACCAUAAGCAGGAGAUCGACGAGCUACAGGAGGAGGCCGAUCUCGACAUAGAGGAGCUGAGGCGACGGUACGCGGCCGCACCGCCGCCACCGCCGCCCGACGCCGACUCGGACAGCGAGGAGAGCGAGCGCGAGGAGAGCGACGACUCGGAGUCGGCGUCGUCGUCGGCCAGCGGCGGCUCCGAGAAGCUGGCCACGCUGGUGGACGACCCGGGCGCCGGCUCCGAGCGGCGCGUGGAGGCGGCCGCCUCGCUCGCGGCCACGCUGCAGCCCACCGGCACCACGCUGCAGUCCACGGCCGUGGCCACGCCCGUGCCUCGCCUGCUGAAGCACCCGCUGCGCGAGUACCAGCACGUGGGGCUGCACUGGCUGGCCACCAUGCACGCGCGCGCGCUCAACGGCAUCCUGGCGGACGAGAUGGGGCUCGGCAAGACCAUCCAGACCAUCGCGCUGCUCGCGCACCUCGCCCUGGAGCGCCAGGACUGGGGGCCGCACCUCGUCGUGGCGCCCACCUCCGUCGUGCUCAACUGGGAGAUGGAGUUCAAGAAGUGGUGUCCCGCCUUCAAGAUCCUCACAUACUAUGGGACCAUCAAGGAGCGCAAGCUGAAGCGCGUGGGCUGGACGAAGCCGAACUCGUUCCACGUGUGCAUCACGUCUUACAAGCUGGUCGUGCAGGACCACCAGUCCUUCCGCCGCAAGCGCUGGCGGUACCUCGUGCUCGACGAGGCGCAGAACAUCAAGAACUUCAAGAGCCAGCGCUGGCAGAUGCUGCUCAACUUCCAGACGGACAGACGGCUGCUGCUGACGGGCACGCCGCUGCAGAACAGCUUGCUGGAGCUGUGGUCGCUGAUGCACUUCCUCAUGCCCGACGUGUUCGCGUCGCACUCGGAGUUCCGCGAGUGGUUCGCGCCGGUGGCCGCGCUCGCGGGCGAGGGCGGCGCCGGCGCCGGCACCGCGGGUUUAGUACGACGGCUGCACGAGGUGCUGCGGCCUUUCCUGCUGCGGCGGCUGAAGGCGGACGUGGAGCGGCAGAUGCCGCGCAAGUACGAGCACGUGCUGCUGUGCCGCCUCGCCAAGCGGCAGCGCUGCCUCUACGACGACUUCAUGGCGAGGGCCAAGACGAAAGAGAGCCUGGCAUCCGGCAACCUGCUCAGCGUGAUCAACGUUCUCAUGCAGCUGCGGAAAGUGUGCAACCACCCCGACCUGUUCGAGCCGCGCGCCGUCGCCUCGCCCUUCCACAUGGACGCGCUGCGGAUACACGUGCCCGCCGUCGUACUACUGGACGAGGUGGGUAUUCUGUACAACACCCCGACCUGUUCGAGCCGCGCGCCGUCGCCUCGCCCUUCCACAUGGACGCGCUGCGGAUACACGUGCCCGCCGUCGUACUACUGGACGAGGUGGGUAUUCUGUACAACACCCCGACCUGUUCGAGCCGCGCGCCGUCGCCUCGCCCUUCCACAUGGACGCGCUGCGGAUACAUGUGCCCGCCGUCGUACUACUGGACGAGGUGGGUAUUCUGUACAACACCCCGACCUGUUCGUGCCGCGCGCCGUCGCCUCGCCCUUCCACAUGGACGCGCUGCGGAUACACGUGCCCGCCGUCGUACUACUGGACGAGGUGGGUAUUCUGUACAACACCCCGACCUGUUCGAGCCGCGCGCCGUCGCCUCGCCCUUCCACAUGGACGCGCUGCGGAUACAUGUGCCCGCCGUCGUACUACUGGACGAGGUGGGUAUUCUGUACAACACCCCGACCUGUUCGAGCCGCGCGCCGUCGCCUCGCCCUUCCACAUGGACGCGCUGCGGAUACACGUGCCCGCCGUCGUACUACUGGACGAGGUGGGUAUUCAGUACAAAACCCCGACCUGUUCGAGCCGCGCGCCGUCGCCUCGCCCUUCCACAUGGACGCGCUGCGGAUACACGUGCCCGCCGUCGUACUACUGGACGAGGUUCGGGAGCGGAUAGCGUGCGCAGCGCGUCUCGGCGGCGACCUCGCGUCUCUGGAAGCGAGCGAGGCGGGCGCCUUCGCGGCGCAUCGUGCGCGCCACCUGGCGCCGCCGCGCCGCAUGGUGGAGGAGCUGUGCGCCGCGCCGCCGCCCGCCCCGCCGCGCCCGCCCGAGGCCAAGCUGCGGAUACACCUGCGGCUCGUGCCGCGCGCGCUGCCGCCCGCCGCGCUGGGAGCUGUGCGCCGCGCCGCCGCCCGCCCCGCCGCGCCCGCCCGAGGCCAAGCUGCGGAUACACCUGCGGCUCGUGCCGCGCGCGCUGCCGCCCGCCGCGCUGGGUCAGUAUAUAGACUAGUCGCUGGAGGACACCGGCGCGCCGCAUGGUGGAGGAGCUGUGCGCCGCGCCGCCGCCCGCCCCGCCGCGCCCGCCCGAGGCCAAGCUGCGGAUACACCUGCGGCUCGUGCCGCGCGCGCUGCCGCCCGCCGCGCUGGGAGCUGUGCGCCGCGCCGCCGCCCGCCCCGCCGCGCCCGCCCGAGGCCAAGCUGCGGAUACACCUGCGGCUCGUGCCGCGCGCGCUGCCGCCCGCCGCGCUGGGAGCUGUGCGCCGCGCCGCCGCCCGCCCCGCCGCGCCCGCCCGAGGCCAAGCUGCGGAUACACCUGCGGCUCGUGCCGCGCGCGCUGCCGCCCGCCGCGCUGGGUCAGUAUAUAGACUAGUCGCUGGAGGACACCGGCGCGCCGCAUGGUGGAGGAGCUGUGCGCCGCGCCGCCGCCCGCCCCGCCGCGCCCGCCCGAGGCCAAGCUGCGGAUACACCUGCGGCUCGUGCCGCGCGCGCUGCCGCCCGCCGCGCUGGGAGCUGUGCGCCGCGCCGCCGCCCGCCCCGCCGCGCCCGCCCGAGGCCAAGCUGCGGAUACACCUGCGGCUCGUGCCGCGCGCGCUGCCGCCCGCCGCGCUGGGAGCUGUGCGCCGCGCCGCCGCCCGCCCCGCCGCGCCCGCCCGAGGCCAAGCUGCGGAUACACCUGCGGCUCGUGCCGCGCGCGCUGCCGCCCGCCGCGCUGGGUCAGUAUAUAGACUAGUCGCUGGAGGACACCGGCGCGCCGCAUGGUGGAGGAGCUGUGCGCCGCGCCGCCGCCCGCCCCGCCGCGCCCGCCCGAGGCCAAGCUGCGGAUACACCUGCGGCUCGUGCCGCGCGCGCUGCCGCCCGCCGCGCUGGGAGCUGUGCGCCGCGCCGCCGCCCGCCCCGCCGCGCCCGCCCGAGGCCAAGCUGCGGAUACACCUGCGGCUCGUGCCGCGCGCGCUGCCGCCCGCCGCGCUGGGAGCUGUGCGCCGCGCCGCCGCCCGCCCCGCCGCGCCCGCCCGAGGCCAAGCUGCGGAUACACCUGCGGCUCGUGCCGCGCGCGCUGCCGCCCGCCGCGCUGGGUCAGUAUAUAGACUAGUCGCUGGAGGACACCGGCGCGCCGCAUGGUGGAGGAGCUGUGCGCCGCGCCGCCGCCCGCCCCGCCGCGCCCGCCCGAGGCCAAGCUGCGGAUACACCUGCGGCUCGUGCCGCGCGCGCUGCCGCCCGCCGCGCUGGGAGCUGUGCGCCGCGCCGCCGCCCGCCCCGCCGCGCCCGCCCGAGGCCAAGCUGCGGAUACACCUGCGGCUCGUGCCGCGCGCGCUGCCGCCCGCCGCGCUGGGUCAGACACCGGCGCGCCGCAUGGUGGAGGAGCUGUGCGCCGCGCCGCCGCCCGCCCCGCCGCGCCCGCCCGAGGCCAAGCUGCGGAUACACCUGCGGCUCGUGCCGCGCGCGCUGCCGCCCGCCGCGCUGGGUCAGACACCGGCGCGCCGCAUGGUGGAGGAGCUGUGCGCCGCGCCGCCGCCCGCCCCGCCGCGCCCGCCCGAGGCCAAGCUGCGGAUACACCUGCGGCUCGUGCCGCGCGCGCUGCCGCCCGCCGCGCUGGGUCAGACACCGGCGCGCCGCAUGGUGGAGGAGCUGUGCGCCGCGCCGCCGCCCGCCCCGCCGCGCCCGCCCGAGGCCAAGCUGCGGAUACACCUGCGGCUCGUGCCGCGCGCGCUGCCGCCCGCCGCGCUGGGUGCCGCUACGGCGCCCCCGCUGCGCGUGCGGCCCGCGCGGCGGCCCGGUCGGGCGCGCCCCGCCGCCGCCGCCGGCGUGUGUCCGCCGCCACCACCACCACCACACGGCACGGCCGCGGCGGCGCGGCUCGAGGCGCGGCGCCUGGCGAGCCUGCGGCGCCUGGCGGCGGCCAACGAGCGCCGCUGCUGGCGCCUGCCGCUGCUGGGCGCCGACCUGCGCCGCGCCGUGCGCGCGCCGCCCCCGCCGCGCCCCGCGCCCGUGCGCCCGCCCGACCAGGCCGCGCUGCUCGAGCGGAUGCACGACGUCGUCGACAGGUUCAGCGUGUGUUGGCGCUCGUGCGUGGCGACGACGCCGACGCUGGAGGCGGGCGCGGGCGUAGGUGCGCGCGACUGGCGGCACGCGGCGCUCGCGGCGGAGGAGGCCGCCACGCCGCCGGCCCGGGCCGCGCUGGCGCUGCUGCACGCCGCCGCCAGCCGGCAGACCGUCGCCUUCCCGCACCCGCGCCUGCUGCAGUUCGACUGCGGCAAGCUGCAGGCGCUCGCCCCGCUGCUGCGCCGCCUCAAGGCCGGCGGCCACCGCGUGCUCAUCUUCACGCAGAUGACGCGCGUGCUCGACGUGCUCGAGGCCUUCCUCAGCCUGCACGGGCACGCGUACGCGCGGCUCGACGGCGCCACCAAGGUGGAGCGGCGCCAGGCGCUGGUGGAGCGCUUCAACGCGGACGCGCGCCUGUUCGCCUUCAUCCUGUCCACGCGCUCCGGCGGCGUCGGCCUCAACCUCACCGGCGCCGACUGCGUCAUCUUCUACGACUCCGACUGGAACCCCACCAUGGACGCGCAGGCCCAGGACCGCUGCCACCGCAUCGGGCAGACGCGCGACGUGCACGUGUUCCGGCUGGUGACGCAGGCCACGGUGGAGGAGAACAUCCUGCGCAAGGCCACCGAGAAGCGGCGCCUCGGAGAGCUGGCCAUCGACGACGGCCACUUCACCACCUCCUACCUGCGCGAGGCGAGCAUCAAGGAGCUGUUCGGGUCGGGCGCGGACGUGGCGGCGGGCGGCGACGUGGAGAGCGCGCUGGCGGCCGCCGAGGACGAGCAGGACGCCGCGGCCGCGCGCGCCGCCCGCGCCGAGCAGCAGGGCGAGCUGGCCGAGUUCGACGAGGCCGUGCCGCUCCGCGACGACGACCACCCCGACCACAAGGACGAGCUCGCCACGCUCAUGAGCCAGCUGACGCCGAUCGAGAAAUAUGCCAUGCGGUGCGUCGAGAGCAGCGAAGCCGGAUGCGAGGCGGAGCGGGAGGCGCUCAGCGCCGUUCGACGCUCGCUCGGCGACUGGGAGCGGCGCCGCCGCCGCGACGCCGACCCCGAGUCCGCCGACGCCGAGCCCGAGCUCACCUACUCGCGCCGCGACGCCGACACCAAGGUGCGCCCCCGCCGCCGCGUCGCGCCGCCGCCCUCGCCGCCGCCCUCCCCCUGUCCCACCCCCGCCGCGGGCGACGACGCGAGAGACGCUCCGGACACUAAGGAGACAAUAGACACGAAAGAGAAGACGGACACGAAAGAGAGUGCGGCCAAGAAGGCGGGCACGCGCGCCACGCGGUCGCGGGGAGGAGUGCAGAUCGACCUGUGGCGGCUGGACGCGCGUCGCGGCCGCCGGCCGGACCGCGCGGAGCGGCCCGCGCUCCGCAACGGCACGCUGGACGCGUGGCUGGCCAAGCCGCGCCCGCCCGACCCCGUGUGGCUGAGCGGCGGCCGCGGCGCGCGCGCCGAGCGGAUGCCGAUCUGGUGUCCGCCCUCCCCGCCCGCCAGCGACGGCGACGGCGAGCUGUACCGGCCCCCGUGGGCGCGCGCGCUCUACCGCGCCGGGCCCGCGCCCGAGCACGCGCUGCCGGCGCUGCCCCGCGCGCGCGGCGCGGGGGGGGCGGGCCGCGCCGGCCUGCCCGCCGCACCCCCCCUCCCCCAGCACCCGCGCCUGCCGCGCCCGCCGCGCGCGCCGCCCUCGCUGUUCGAGCGCGCCGGCCCCGGCGCCGGCGCCCGAGUGCGCGUGCGGCCCCGAGCGCCCGCCGACAAGCACAAGGACGCGCCCGCCCCGGACUGGGCGCCCGCCGAGGACGCCGCCCUGCGCCGCGCGCUGCGCCUGCAGCGCCUGCCGCCCGACGCGCCGCCCGCGCGCGCGCCCAACUGGGAGUGGGCCGCCGAGCUCGUCGCCGACGUCGCCCGCGCCUACCGCGCGCCGCGCGCCUGCCGCGACCGCCACGAGCGCCUCGCCGCGCCCGACGAGCGCGACCGCCAGGACCGCGAGCGCGACCGCCAGGACCGCCACCAGCGCCGCAAGCAGCGCAAGCCGGGCGCGCGCCGCCGCCCCGACGACGACGCGCCGCGCCCGCCGCUCGCGCGCCUCGACGCCAUGCGCGAGGCGGCCGAGCGCCGCCGCGCCGCGCCCAAGCGCCGCCUCGACGACGCGCAGCAGCACAACCCCAAGCACGCGCAGCUGCUCGCCGACCACGGCCUCGACUACGACCGCCCGCCGACGCCCAUGGAGGUGGCGUCGCGCCGCGCCGACCGCAUCGCCAAGGAGAAGUCGAAGGCGGCCGGCGCGGGCCCGAGCGGCCCCCCCGCGCCGGCCGCGGCGCCCGCGCCCGCGCCCGCGCCGCCCUUGCCCUUGCCCGCGGCCGCG